AGGUCGUUAAAUACUUUUUUCUAGCCAUGCCAUUAUACGAGAAGCUUCUGAGUCGUGUGGGGACACAGAAGCACUUACUUAAGUUUUGGGAUGAGUUAUCAGAGCAGCAAAGGAAUUCGUUAGCGGAGCAGAUCGAGUCGAUUGACUUCGAUGCCGUAAAGAAAGCGUUUUUUGCGUCUGAAGACGCAUAUAUCGCAUCUCCAGAAAAUCUUACACCUGUACCUUUGGAUCACCAUAUUGUAUUCAGAAACUUAGCAUCUGCCGAGAGGCAGCGAUACUGGCGGAAAGGACUUGAGGCGAUCUCUCGUGGAGAAAUGGCUGCUCUCGUUCUCGCUGGAGGACAAGCUAGCCGGUUAGGAUCAACCUCUCCCAAAGGUACGAUACCGCUAGGGCUAAAUGUAGCACCUUGUGAUUCGUUGCUCGGUAUACAAGCAACGAAAAUUGCUUUGUUGGAAAAAUUGGCGGCCAAGGAAUUCCCUCAACUCAAGGAGAAGGGCAGAAUUCAGUGGCUUGUAAUGACUUCAAAAACCACAGAGGCACCCACUCGAGCGCAUCUGAAGGAGUUGAUACCAGCGUGUGGAUUAUCUUCCGACCAGGUCACCAUUUUCUGCCAAGCUGAGAUUCCAGCAUUCGACUACGAAGGAAAUCUACUACUCUCUAGCAAAGGCACAAUCGUUACCGCUCCGAACGGCAAUGGCGGAUUGUAUUCGGCUCUGGCAGCACAUCUGCCUGAGAUGAGAAAACGUGGUGUGAAGUACUUCCACAUUUACAGUAUCGACAAUAUUUUGUGCAAAGUGGCUGAUCCGCAUAUGUUGGGAUUUUUCAUAGAAAAUGAAGCCGAUGUUGCUACGAAGACUAUUCUCAAGCAGCCAGGAGAGCUGGUCGGAUCGGUCUGUCUGGACAAAGGUCGUCCACGUGUGACGGAGUAUAGUGAGCUGGGAGCUGAGUUGGCCGAAAGAAAAGCGGAUGAUGGUCGUUUAUUGUUUUGCGCUGGAUCUAUCGCAAACCAUUUAUAUUCGCUGGAGUUUCUCGAAAGUUUCUGUGAUCCAUCCUUCCAUCUACCGUACCAUCGCGCAAAUAAAAAAAUCCCCCACGUCACUCCAGAUGGCACGUUAGUAAAGCCAACAACUCCAAACGGUAUCAAAUUGGAGCAGUUUGUGUUCGAUGUCUUUGAUCGUAGCAAAAACUUCUAUAUUUGGGAAGUCGAGCGGGAAGAUGAAUUCAGCCCUUUGAAGAAUGCCGAAUCUGCUGGGAAGGAUUGUUUGAGUACUUGCAAAAGAGAUUUGGCUUUCUUGAACAGGAAAUGGUUGAAAGCGGUUGGUGCCAAAGUGGGAAAUGAUCCCGUCUACCUGAACUGCGCACUAAGUUACUGCGGCGAGGGACUUGAGCGCUUCAAAGAUCAGGAGGUGACAGGACCAUUGAUACAAUAAUUCAAAACUUCUUUUUGAUGAAAAACGACAUCUGUGAUUUAACUUUGAUUCCAACUGACCCAUUUUAACAUGCCAUAAUUACUUUUGACCCCUACGAUUUGAUUGUGUGGAUUGCAUGCUUAAUAAACAUUUUGAGACUUCUCA